AUGGUCAAAACGAAGUAUGGGAAAUACCUGAAAAGGUGGACAACGACCCCUGAUAGUGAAGACGACGACGACGACGAUGAGGAUGAGGAUGAGGAUGAAGAAGUAGAGCAAUAUAACAAUAACUCGAAUAUGUCAACAACGAAUGGUCAGCCUAAUAAUGCAACUAAAACAAAUGAUGUAUCAACUCAAACUGAUCCUCUUCAUUAA